ACACGACGCACCCCACAGCAGGUACAUCUUGGCGCGCGCGACUACGACGAUCGACGGACGACAUGACCUUGACGCAAGAACAACAACAGGACUGCGUGCACAAGAUCAGUACAGUGCGCAUGUUUGCGUAUUGCAAUGAACGAGCCUUACGUAAAUUGUGUGCGCGUGCAGUCGCGGAAACGCACCCAAAAGGCAGCGUGUUGUUUCAUCAAGGAUCGCCGCAAACGAAAUUGAUUGUUGUCGCCCGAGGCACAGUUGCGGAGAUGAAAGAUAUCAACGGACAAGUCCACUCGUGGGGCGAAGUCACACCCGGUAUGGCGUUGGGAAGCAACCAUGCCCUGCGCGAAGACGCCGCGGCCGCAACGGCCAAGUGUGUCACCCCUGUUCUUGGGUAUUCGUUGACCUCGCAAUCGCUGUCUCAACUCCUCACCGAUCCUGAAAUUGCUACAGACGUCAUGUACUCGCUCAACAGAGAAGUCCGCCGCCACAUAAAUCUUCUCAACACUCCCUUGCUUGAACAACAUGCAAAACCCACCCCCAUCUUUGCCACUUCCGUUGCCGCAAGUGUGGAAUCCUUCUACCGCAGUGCACUGAACUCGUUCUUGAACGCCAGACUGACGGGACAAGCUCCGGCAACGUUGUUUCCGAACAUGGGCGUGCAAAUUCCAACUCGUGUCGCUUAUAUCAAUGGAUUCAAGGGCAUUCGACAUUACCUCGAAAAGAACAUUGACGACGAAACGUACGAAAACCCAGGUUACAUUCGCGUCGCCAAAGCUGUUGCACCUGGUAUCAUCAUGACGCCUGUGAGCAGUAUGCUGGAAGCAUGCAAUGCUGGUCACAUGAACCCCGAGCCAUUGGCGACGCGAUGGAUCCGGGGGUGGGCUCCCCGUGCCGUGCGUGAAAUCAUCUUUGGUGUGGGUCUCAAUCAAUUGUCCGACUACUGCGAAGAGCGCAUUCCUCUGGACGACUCGCAACCCAUAUUGAAGAACGCUCUGGGGAGUAUGGUCGCCGGUGUGUUCGCUGGGUACUUCUCGCACGUGCCGCACAACUUGUCUACGCUCAAGUUGAUGAACCCGCAAAAGACGUAUGGCCGUCACAUGAACGAUCUCAUUGAGCACGCGAAUGCCCGUGUGCCCGCCAACAUUACGUCUCCUCAAGCACGACGACUGGUUGCCACCACUUUAGCCUUCGUCUUCCCCAAGGGACUCAGCAUUCGAACGACGCAAAUCGUCGGGUCGUUCAUCAUCCUCAACGGCACAAUCAACUCGCUCAAGGACUUGGACGUUUAUAACAUUCCCACGACUGUGUCGUCUGUCCUGACCCGGUGAAGACAUCUCGUCGACGGAAUCCAGUGCCCCACGGUAGCAGUGUGUGAAUUUAACAACCUUGACUUAUAGAAACUAGCCAUGGCCAAGCGCACUUCGCCCGAUAGUCAUAUCGUGGCGGUGUUGAAGCCGCGACAGCUUACACACGCGGACAGGGGCCGAAUGAUCGAUGUACCAUCAUGAAACGUGCUCUCGUCCAUUCGUUUUCGACAUGGUGGCCACCACGCGAUCGUUGUCAAAUUCACUCACUUGUUUCUUAUCGGACGUUUGGUGCACCAUGUCAAUACCUCAUGCACUCGACCGCUUCCUCUUUCCAUCCAAUCUCUACAUCGUCAGCGACGCUUGCAUGUCUUCCUUGGCUUCGUCCUCAUGGAACGGAUGACUCGGACGGUCGUGAUACUAUGUGCACAUGAG